AAGCCCAAUAAUUGUUGUUAGGACAAAAGGUGGUCAGAAGACUGACCAGCAAAAGAGAAAGGAGCUGUGAACACCUGUGUGGCAGGCAGAAAUCCAACAGAUGCAGCUGACUCCGUCAUUAUUCAAAACAGCAUACUUGUGGGGAAGCGGAGGAAGACCUGCAGCCCUCCAGCUCUGCUUAUCCCUACACACCAAUAUGAAACCCACCACUAUGGAGAUCCUGCUGCUUCUCUUGGCUGCAUUCCCUGUCCUGGGGGCCAAUGAUCCUACUGAUCCAAACAGCCCCUUUUAUUACGACUGGUACUCGCUGCGUGUUGGCGGUUUGAUCGUUGCUGGUGUACUCUGUUUUCUGGGAAUUGUUAUCCUGCUGAGUGGAAAGUGCAAAUGCAAACCUAAGAGGAAAAACAGUGUCCACACCAUGCAAAAGCUCCCACUUGCAGGAGAAACCAGUGAAUGCUGAGUGAAGAUAAUGACUGCUCCCACUAACAUACCAGCCAUACCUGAUUCCUCUCAAUUGAUGUAACACACUGGAUCUUUCAAUGUUUUUUUGGGCUCUCACACCUGUAUUAGGUUUUGUUUUGUUGGUUUUUU